GAUGAAAGGUUGCUUUCAUAACACAAGAGAAGGGUGCAUUGUUUCGCAUCCCCACACAAAUAUAAUGGUUGCAGGUGCCGGCCAGAACAACCGUUGCAGUGAGUUGUUGAUUUGAAAAGAAAAGGUAAAAGCGCAGCAGCAGCAGCAGCAUGUUCGCCGGCUACAGUUGCGCCCGCUCGGCGCGGUGGACACUGCGAGCGUUGCUGCCGGUGGAGCUGCUCCCCUCGGUCCGGUCUCUGCACCGGACCGUACCGCGGCGGCACGAAAACGCCAACGAGGCGGCGACGGCCCAGCCGCCCUGCGUCACAUUCUUCGGCCACUGGCCGGCAGCGGAACGGGCGACCUUUCUCGCCGAUAUGCGCGUGCUGGAGCGGUUCGUCGACGAGCCGGAGGAGCAGUCCCUGCUGGCCGAGAUCGAACCGUACCUGAAGCGGCUGCGCUACGAGUUCGACCACUGGGACGACGCGAUCCACGGGUACCGGGAGACGGAGCGCAAACACUGGUACCCGGCGAACCGGGCCAUCCUCGACCGGGUGGUGGCCGUUGCCUUCGACGGUGCCGCCAUGCCGUACGUGCACGUGCUCGAUCUGGCGGAGGAGGGCGUCAUCAAGCCACACGUCGACAGUGUGCGGUACUGUGGCAACACGAUCGCCGGCAUCAGUCUGCUGUCCGACUCGGUCAUGCGGCUGGUGCGCACCAACGACGAGGAGCAAACGAACGCAGAGUAUAGGCAAAUCUUUUCCCAGGAGCGGCACAACAAGUACUGGGCCGACAUACUGCUGCCCCGCCGCUCGCUUUACGUGAUGAGACACACCGCCCGGUACAAGUUUACGCACGAGAUUCUGCCCCGCAAGGAGUCGCUGUUUCGCGAUGCGCUGAUCCCCAAGACGCGACGAAUAUCGAUCAUCUGUCGGAACGAUCCGUAAUCUUCGCGGGUCGAAUGGACCGGAUCCUAGCGUGCACAACGGUCGUGUGGUGUGAAAAUAAAUGGCUGUUGUACAUUCAAAUUCAAUGUUCAGUACGUAAAGCGCGGUUAUGUUUGGUUUAAUAGCCAUAGAACUUGCUUAGUAGUUAGGUGCGACCUGUUUAUUAUGUAGGAAAAAUAUAGAAAAUUUUAAAUCACACGA